GGCCUCAGGCCAUGGCGUUUCGUCUCGUGAGGUCAUUGGCGGCGUCACGGCCAUCGUUGUUUUCCAUGGGAAUUUGUAAGUCGGCGUCCGAUAUCGCUUCCCCGGCGAUCGACGGUCGCGAGUUUUCUAAUUUCGGUCGGGCUUUCGCCUUUUAUUCGUCUUCGUCCUCUUGGUGGUCGUCUCCAGAUGAUUUGACGGCGGGAUCGAAGAGACGCGAGAAGAAGACUACAGACCGUUUCUCAGCCGUGAUUGACGCAGUCCAUGACCGGAAACUCCCACCGGAGCUACGUGGGCGGCGCGAUAUUGUAAGGUCAGAGACUGACAUCAUCAACGUGGUCGAGCAGAGGAUAUGGCAUUCAAUGGAAGAAGGCCAUUUUGAGAACUUACCCGGUAAAGGCAAACCUUUGAACCUUCACACAAACCCUCACGCAGACCCAGCGGAGGAUACGUUGUAUAGGAUUCUUAACAAGAAUGGGUUUGCUCCUGAAUGGGUGGAGCUCAACAAAGACAUAAGAAGCAAAGCAAAAGAAUGGAGAGCUUCACUGAAGAAAGCAUGGACUACGAAACUCGAGGAAGACCAAUCGGGUUGGGAAGAGAGAUCAGAGUUGCUGAAAACACAACUGAAACAAAUCAACAACAUGGCAAAUCCUCUUGUUUUUAGGUACAACCUGAUCGUUCCUUUUGGCCGUCAAAUGUUUGGAUUGAAGUGGGAGAAAGAGAUUGAUCGCUUGAAAGAA